GCAAGCUGGGCAGUCUCCAGUCCUUCACGCAAGCACAAACAUGCGUAAGAUGUAUGGUCCCUUUGUGCUUCUUUCCUGACUGCAAGUACACUCAUAACUACCCUGGACCUGCGCUUUAGCCAUUCAUUCACUUCUCUAAUCACACCAACUAUUGCUACUUCUCUUCCUUAUAAGGCCGGCGUGCCCACACCCCUCGACUGCUAUGCGCACCAGAACCAAGGGCAACCCUGCUUCUCCUGUUCCUCGCCCACGCUCCCAAUAUUCCUCCAACGCCAUGCACUGGCUCUUCCGCUCAAACUUACCCCAUCGCAGAAGCUCUGCUGCAUACAGUGCUGACCUUGGUAGGAGGAAUUUGUUUGGUAUGAGCGAAGUAUUUGGUGUUCUUCUGAAUCCUUCCGAGACGCUUCGCUCCCUGAGCGAGUCAAAGCGUCUCCUGGAGGAAGCCCGCAACGAAAUCAACGAGACACGCGAUUCGCACGAGCGCUCUCCGUUGCGUACAAAACACGCGUUCACCCGCCUUCCGUGCUUUCUUCCGCGGGAAACCGAGAUCCGUGUGAUUGAACGUAUCCUGGAGGGUGAGCCUUCGUUUACCGUCUUGUUCGGUGCAAGUUCGGUUGGGAAGACUGUGCUCCUGCGAGAAAUUCUCUCGCGGAAUAUCUAUCAUGUUCUUCACUUCGAUUUACGUAUACCCGGCUUUGCGGAUAUGACGAGUCUUUACAUGACUAUGUCGCGGCAAAUGGAGCGGUACUUUGACGAAAUAUCGAAGGCGACGCCUGGAUAUGAGGAAUUCCGGAAGGAGAGCCUGGAAUUCAAGCACGACAGGUUGAACGUCGAACGAAGGCUUAACGAUUCUCCUGUUGGAAGCUCUGGUUCGCAAGUCAGGACGAGCGAUAUUGCAAGACUCAUGGAGCUCUUCCAGAGUUCGCUUCUCAAGUACAGCGAGUUUGAGCCGUCAGAACAGCCACCAGAAAAUGGAAAGCGUAAGAAGGACUCCGAUGUGUCCUCAGACAGGACAAAACUCAACAGUUCAUCACCUUUAAGUACGCCUUCGCAUAAAUCCCGGUGGUUAUUCAAACGCAAAGGCAAGAAGCCAAGCGAUGGACAGCAGAACCACGAACUGUCCUCGUUGGUGACCAACUCCAACGCUCGCGAAAAAGAGCAUGGGAAGGCCACCAAGAGGAUCCCAAUAGUGUUCUUCGACGAAGCACAUAAACUCCCGGCGCUGAUUCAGUCAUCUGACGCGAUGAAAUGCAUCCUAGAUUCAAUGCUGGUGCUCACGAAGCAAGACAGGUUAUGUCAUGUAAUUCACGCCACCAGCGAUCCUUUCUAUCAAGCAUGGCUGCGGCAGUUGAACGUAAUGCAACACUGUAAAAUCAUCACCAUCGGAGAUUGCACGAAGGCAGAGACGCGUGCCUUCUUUGUUGAGAAGAUGCUGCCUCGCGUUCCAGAAAACCUACGCGCAAGCUUGUCGUUCGACUCAUUAUAUGAUGCAUUUGGUGGCAAGUUAGCGCACUGGCAUGAUUAUGUCAAUGAUUAUGUCAAUGCAGGUGGAAACUUUGAAAUCAAACAAAGCUCCCACUUCCUUCAGGCACAUGCGGUCCUCAACCUUCACAUCAUCCACUCUUCACAAGCCACUACAGUGACCUGGCAGCGGCCAAGACCCCACAACGCCCAGCACACCUGCCGCCCGUCCCACGCUCCUCAGGGCCUGACGCCCUGCAUGCCAACCUCGGACCCUGCUGGUUUCAAGACAUACCCUCCUGUUCGAAACUCUUUCCGCGACCCCGGCAGCGUUAGCGAUGAAUAUUCUGCCGAUUUCAGCGCAAUGCAACUGCUCAAGGUGAUGAGCAAACUGAGUCAGGUGGGGACGAACCACCUGCCAUAUUUUUUGCUUUGUCGGGAGCUUGGUGUGCGGGCGGUGGAUGGGAUGGUUAGGGGGCGGGUGCUGAAUCUACAAUGGACAGACCCAGUGACGCACGAGGGAGAACCGCUAGCCCGCGUGGAACCAUUAACGUCCAUCAUUAUUAGUCCACCAGUUGGUAUUAUUCCCAGCCCUAUCAAUGUCGGGAGCGGCAGCACACUUGGUGCGUCCUCAGAAGACGGCGAUAUGAUGGCGAUGAAUCCAGUCAAUAUAUCCACGCGGGAGCUCGGGCAGAUUGAGGAGGAAAACGAGGAGGAAGAAGUGAUUGGCCCCAAACUUGUGCCUCUGACGCCGAUCAUGCGCUAUGCGAUGCGGGAAGUUGUGCUGGAAUAUGAAGAUGUGCGGACAUUAUCUGAUUACGCCUCUUUUACCGAUGUCGAGGAGUACUGAGUGGCUGGCUGGCCUUUGCCUGGCG